AUGCCUCUCAUAAACGAAAUCCAUGAAUCCCUCCCAUACAUCGACAUCGAACCUACCCCCUCCGAACGCGCCGCCGCCGAAUCCCUCAUAACCAGCUCGCUCGAGCCCAACUCCCCAUCCACACCACACCCCUCUCUCCCGGCUCUUCUCCCCUCCAAUCUCUCCCCCGCCCUCACCGCAGAACACGCUCGCAUAUCCUCUUCAACCCCUCCACCCCCUCUAAAAGCCAUCGACCUAACCCGCUACGAAACACUCUCCCCCGCAGAUUCGACGCUCCCAGCUCAGACGCUCCUCUCCCAAGCCUACACCUCUCAAACCUAUUUAAAUACGCGUCUUACCAAUCUCUCUCUCCUCGAUCAAUUUGGGAAAAAUGCUUGGUUGAUUGGAAACGCGCAGUUGGAGGAUAUAUUGAAGGGGUUGGAGAGGGAGGUCGCCGCAAAGAAAGAUGAGAUUGAUCUUGUGGUAAUUGGGAGGAAGAAUGCACAGGAGGCGGCGGAGGCGGAGAUUAGGGGUCUAGAGGAAGGGUGGAAGAAGGGUAUCGGGAGGGUGUUGGAGACAGAGGUGGCAGCUGAAGGUAUUAGGAGGGAGAUUUUGGACAGGAGAAGAGCAGGUGCUAGCUAA